AUAUAUAACACAUAAAAAAAUGGUUGAUGGUGAUGUGUACUUGUGAAAACUAUUUACUUUUCUCCAUUGAUAUUAUUAUAUAUAAAUAUUAUAAAUAUCUAGUGAAAAAUAAUUAGAUAAAUAUUUUUGUAAAAUAGAAGAAAAAUAUAUUUAAAAAAUUCGGAGUUCUGAAUAAAAAUCUCCACUUAUGAAAAGAUAAUAUUGUGUGUCUUAAAAACAAAUAAAAUAAAACUAGUGCAAAUGUGAAAAUGACAUCAGUAGAUUCAGGUGUCGAAACUGGAAAUGAUUCCAAUGAUUCCAGUGCCCAGACUGAAAACAAUCAAUCUAAUAAUCAGAACUUUAAUGACGUUACUAAAACAAUGACCAGUGUCAACACUGGCAACCCGGACCUGGACAACCAGUUUGUUUUGACACAAAAUCACAAGCACCGAUUUGAAUCAAUCUCGAUAGAUGUUGAUCUACAGUCUGUUCCGACUACGACUUUUGUCUGUCAGUCGGGUAAUUCACAUCCCUUAGUGUCAAGGAAUUUUGUGUCACCGGGAAUUAAUUCUUCUGAGUCUUUAGUUAGCUCUCAGUCAAGCGCACCUUCACUUGAGAAAUUGCAAUUUAGAAUACCACCGGAUUUUAUGAUAACUCCAAAAUCUUUGCGAAAAGAUGAGUUGAACACGAAUGAUAGUUUUGUACCGUAUCAAGAAAUUAACCGGAAAUAUAAAAAAGCCAGUCUAUUUUGGAGUCAAAAGCCUAGGCGAUUAAAUAGUAUUUAUGGUGCAUCAUCAGGAAGGAAAAUGCGAUUUGCAGCUGCUACUAAUAACACUGAACUACUUACAAGAUUACUUGAAAAAGGUGUGUCACCGAAUAAUCAUGAUGAUCAGGGUCGAUCUCCACUUCAUUUAGCAUCUUGCAGGGGAUUUACGGAAAUAGUUAAACUCCUGCUUGACUAUGGAGCCGAUCCCAACCAGACCGACUGCAUAGGCAACACACCCUUACAUUUGGCUGCUGUAACAAGCAAAAUCUCCGUAGUGACACUGUUAUUAAAAGCGGGAACCGAUGUUUUAUCCUCUGAUCGUCAUGGAUAUAAUCCCCUGCAAUUGGCGCAGACAAAACUCAGAAUGUUGCAGAAUUGUCAAGGUUCAGAUAUGAAUAAAGUUAAAGAUCAAGUUCACAAAAUAGUGGGCAUGCUUUUGGCAUACUUACAAAAACAAAAAGACGCUUGUGAACAAAUCGAAGCUCUUAGUUCUUUUUGCUCAAGAAUAACUCUUUCUAACACAUCUGAUCAAGUUCAAGAUGACUUAAAAGAUUUACUCGCAAGUAUAGACUCACUAAGUUUAAAAAAUUAAUAUAAAUAUUCAUUGUUUUUUCUUUU